GGUUUCCACUAUAUGUAAUUGAUCGUGGGCACGACAAAAUAAAAGCAGCCACACCUUAAAAAUUAGUUGUUGUUUUUUUAACUGGAAAACAAUGUUAAGUAAUAUAUUGUAUGAGUGGAUAUGUAUGCUACAAUGAUACAUAUGUAGCUUAUUAUUUAUACACACAUUGACCACAAUUAGUUUGAAAACCAUUUAAAAUAUCAUCAAAAUGUUUCAUUGCGCUUUAUUUUGAUAAAAACGCACCGGAAUCGCCCGUCUGCCCUGUUGGCACCAAGGACACUAGACUAAUUAGGAUCGGCAAUUAGCCGCAAACGAAUGGAACAGAGGGCCGUACGGUGGCCUAGUGGUUAGCAUGUUGGCCACACAGUCAGGAGAUCGGGAAAACUCUAAAUUGUCCAUAGGUAUGAAUGUGAGGGUGAAUGGUUGUUUGUCUAUAUGUGCCCUGCCAUUGGCUGGCGACCAGUCCAGGCUGUACCCCGAAGUCAGCUGUGUUAGGCUCCAGGAUAGCCGCGACCGUAGUGAGGAUAAGUGGCAUAGAAGAAAACCCCAAAUGGAGUUAGAGGACGCGUUAAAGGAAUGUUCCACCGCCCUUGAUCUCUUUCUAAACAACAGGUUUGCUGACGCAUUGGCUCUUUUAAAACCCUGGAAGAGCCAGAGCAUGUACCACGCCAUGGGGUACAGCAGCAUCCUGGUGAUGCAGGCGGGCAUGACCUUCGAACCAAAGGACAUGGACAGUGCCAUGGAGUCACUGAGCGAGUCCCUGCUGACUUGCCAGAGAUUUAGAAAGAAAACUGGAAUAAUGGAGACGCUGGCUAGUCUGUGGUACAGGCAGUCACCUGAAACCCUGACAGAAGAGGAGAUGCACGCAGAGCUUUGCUAUGCCGAAGUGCUGCUGCAGAAGGCGGCGCUCACCUUUCUCGACGAGACCAUCAUCGGCUUCAUCAAGGGAGGCAUGAGGAUCCGAAACAGCUACCAGAUUUUUAAGGAGUGCCAGGCCAUGGUGAAUGCCAAUAAGAAAAUGGAAAAGAAGAACAGGAUAAAUGUCCACUUCAGAGGAGGUGUCAACAUGGGCAUUGGCUCAUUUAAUUUGAUGCUCUCGCUGCUCCCGGCCAGAAUCCUCAAGCUGAUGGAGUUUUUGGGUUUCUCAGGGGACAGGGAGGUGGGUUUGUCCGAGUUGCGGGCAGGAGCAUCCAGCGACAAUCUGCGCUCCAUUUUGAGCACCUUGACUCUGCUCAUGUAUCAUCUUUACAUCUCAGUCAUUCUGGGCUCCGGUGAUGUGGACCUAAGUGAGGCAGACUCUCUGCUGGAGCCUUAUGCUAAAAGGUUUCCAAAUGGAGCUUUGACUCUUUUCUACAGUGGAAGGAUUGCCUUGCUCAAAGGAAACAUCACACUGGCUCAAGAAAAGUUCCACGCAUGCAUUGCUGCUCAGCAGGAGUGGCGUCAGAUCCACCACCUGUGCUACUGGGAGCUGAUGUGGGCCUACUCCUUUGAACAGAACUGGAGGGAGGCAUACCAUUACGCUGACCUGCUCUGUAAAGAAAGCAAGUGGUCACAGGCCGUCUAUGUAUUCCAAAAGGCCUCCAUACUGAGCAUGCUCCCAGAGGAGGAAGUGAAAAAACUGGGUGAAAAUGUGGGGGACUUAUUCAGGGAGGUAGAUGGUCUGAGGCUGAGGUUGGCUGGAAAGUCCAUUCCUACUGAAAAGUUUGCAGCCAAGAAGGCUCAGAGAUACGCCUCAUCUAAACCUGUCAAACUGGUCGUCCCAGCUCUGGAGAUGAUGUAUGUGUGGAAUGGCUUCACUAUCGUUGGCAAAAGAGCCGACUUGACCGAAAGCAUCCUGCAGACUUUAUACAAAGCAGAGGAUGAGCUCAAGUAUAAUCAAGACCCAUCAGAAUACCACCUGGAUGACCAGUGUGUCGUUCAGCUCCUCAAGGGCUUGUGUCUGAGGGAGUUAGGGUACUUGGACCAGGCUGAGGUCUGCUUUAAUCGCGUCAUCUCCAGUGAAAGUGACCUGAAGCAUGACAGCUACCUGGUGCCGUUCACCAUGUACGAGCUGGGCCUGCUGCACAAGCAGAGAGGCGACAUCGACAAGGCCAUCUUUGUGAUUGAAAGCGCCAAGAUGGACUACAAGGACUACAGCAUGGAGUCACGGUUACACUUCCGCAUCCACGCUGUGCUCAAUAGCAUGGGCUCCUUUGCGGCUAAAAUGCCGCCCUCACGUACGCCAGCUUGAGCGGUCCCAUGAUGGGAGAGUGUACUGUAUGAAUGGAGAGAGAGGUGGGAGGAAGAUGAGACCUGUGACUGCACUCCUACUACUCAAGGUCAUCUUGUUAGCCUGCUUGUUGACAUAAUACAUUUUUGUACCAUAACUGUGGCACACUGAGUCUUCUGUAAUGUCCUUAUAUUGUACCCCUUUCUUCUCUGUGCCAUCUCUUUUAUCCAUCCAUAUAUUUUCGGUACCGCUUGACUUUACUAUGGUCACAGGUAAGCUGGAGCCUAUCCCAGCUGACUUCAGGCAAGUGGCGGGGUGCCCCCUGGACUGGUUGCAUCUCUGUUAUGUUAUACAUAUUAUCUUCAAUGAAUAUGAUACAAUAUGUUGAUGUGUUUUGUAAAUAAGUAUUCAUUUGUAUUUGCCCUCAGACUUAAUAAUAAACCUU